UAUAUACCCCUGAAACUUCGUUUACAGGGGCAUAAAAAUUAGUUUUAGCACAGAAAUGCAACCAUACUUUAGGGUUCAAUGAAUAUAGGGCCAUAUAAAGAACGUUCGGCAGUAUGUGGAUGACAUUGACUAUUGUUGCUGUGUUACUAUCUUUGAUAUGGAGCCUGACUGGACGGGUAACAUGUAGGACCAGGCGGAAGUCCUUUUGGUCCAUCAUCGGCAAUGUCGGACUCUUCAAACCAUCAGAGGCUGUGAAAGCUCACAGGAGACUGAGGAAGAUUUAUGGAGACAUCUAUACCAUAAUGAUCUUCCAUAAACCUAUCAUAUUUGUACACGGAUUCGACAACAUUCGAGAGCUACUUGUUAAACACGGGGAUGUUUUCUCUGAGCGACCAAGGUCUCUUGUCACUGAUCUUGUAGAAGGAAAUGGUGUGAUUUGGUCAUCAGGUCCGAUGUGGAAGGAAACGAGAUCGUUUGCACUGACGACAUUACGUAAGUUUGGAUUUGGGAGGCGUUGUUUGGAAAGCCAGAUCAUGGAAGAAGUAGACUGCUUGAUGGAGAAAUUGGAAAAUUAUGAAAACGAGGCUUUUAAUAUUCAAAAUGUACUUAAUUCAUCCACAGCUAACGUUAUUUGUUCGCUUUUAUUUGGUAGAAGGUUUGCCUAUGAUGAUGCAAGAUUCAAGCGUUUAAUUGAUCUACUUUCGAAGGCGUUUAGCAGCAUCAAUACAUCUUCACCGGUUUUUCUUUUUCCAUCUUUAUGCAACAUCAGGAUUUUCAACAUCGACCCACUUUUAGAAAAUAGGCAUGCUUUAAGAGCAUUUGUUAAUGAAAUGAUAGAUGAACACAGAAGAAAUCUUGACGGGGACCACAUCAACGAUUUCAUCGAUGCUUUCCUUCUGGAACAAAAACAAAGAUCAAAUGAAUUCAACACUACUUUCACAGGAGAUCUUGGAAGUUAA